CGCGGCGCUGAGCGGGAUUACCACCAGGGCUGGAAGGAGACCUCGAGAACCUUCUCAGAUUGCAGACUGAGUCGAAUGGACAAGUUCAUGGGCUGACCAAUGCUGCCCUGACCUGCAGCAGAAGAGGGGAGCUCAAACUGGCCAGGUGCACUGGUACGGAUACCACUGAUAACUUGGCAUCACCCACUGCCUGUGUGGAGAGCUGAAUUGAUUUGCACAUGGAAGACAGCAGCAGAGAGGGCAGCGUAGGCUGAUCAGAGACAGCAAGCAGAUUAUUUUACCGCAUGCCCUCAGGACAUUUUCCCUAACUGGUGUUCUGAACUUGGACGGAACCCCAUCUAGUCAUUUUGCUUUUGCUCUAUUGUUUUGUUUUAUUAUUUUCCCCAAUACGUUGUAUUUUAUUUCUGUGCUUCAGAAAUGGGCCUACAGAUCACAAAGUGGCCCAGACACGGGGCUUUGUUUCUGAAAUCUUGGCUCAUCAUUAUCUUGGGGCUAAACUCACAGAUGUCCAAACUCCUGGCCUGCCCUACUGUGUGCCGCUGCGACCGGAACUUUAUCUACUGUAAUGAGCGAAGCUUGACCUCAGUGCCUCUUGGGAUCCCGGAGGGCGUAACCGUGCUCUACCUCCACAACAACCAAAUUAAUAAUGCUGGAUUUCCUGCAGAACUGCACAGCGUACAGUCAGUGCACACGGUCUACCUGUAUGGUAACCAACUAGAUGAGUUCCCCAUGAACCUGCCCAAGAAUGUCAGAGUGCUCCAUUUGCAGGAAAACAACAUUCAGACCAUUUCGCGGGCUGCUCUUGCCCAGCUCUUGAAGCUUGAAGAGCUGCACCUGGAUGACAACUCGAUCUCCACAGUGGGGGUGGAGGAUGGGGCCUUCCGGGAGGCUGUUAGCCUCAAAUUGUUGUUUUUGUCCAAGAACCACCUGAGUAGUGUGCCUGUUGGGCUGCCUGUGGACUUGCAAGAGCUCAGAGUGGAUGAAAAUCGGAUUGCUGUCAUAUCUGACAUGGCCUUUCAGAACCUCACGAGCCUGGAGCGUCUGAUCGUGGAUGGAAAUCUCCUGACCAAUAAGGGCAUUGCAGAGGGCACCUUCAGCCAUCUCACCAAGCUCAAGGAAUUUUCCAUCGUACGUAAUUCACUUACCCAUCCCCCUCCGGAUCUCCCAGGUACACACCUGCUCAGGCUCUAUCUCCAGGACAACCAGAUAAACCACAUCCCUCUCACAGCCUUCUCGAACCUCCGCAAGCUGGAACGGUUGGAUAUAUCCAACAACCAACUGCGAGUGUUGACUCAAGGGGUUUUUGAUAACCUCUCCAACCUGAAGCAGCUCACUGCUAGAAAUAACCCUUGGUUUUGUGACUGCAGUAUUAAAUGGGUCACAGAAUGGCUCAAAUACAUCCCGUCAUCUCUUAACGUGCGGGGUUUCAUGUGCCAAGGUCCUGAACAAGUCCGGGGGAUGGCGGUGAGGGAGCUGAAUAUGAAUCUUUUGUCAUGUCCCACCUCAACCCCUGGCCUGCCUCUGUUCACCCCAGCCCCAAGUACAGCUUCUCCGACGACUCAGCUUCCCACUCUCUCAGUUCCAACGCCAAGUAGGAGCCACACACCUCCAGUUCCUACCACAUCAAAACUCCCCAAGAUUCCCGAGUGGGAUGGUAAUGAAAGGGUGACCCCUCCUAUUGCUGAACGGAUCCAACUUUUCAUCCAUUUUGUGAAUGAUACUUCCAUUCAAGUGAGCUGGCUCUCCCUCUUUACCGUGAUGGCGUACAAGCUCACCUGGGUGAAAAUGGGCCACAGUUUGGUGGGCGGCAUCGUUCAGGAACGCAUAGUCAGCGGUGAGAAGCAGCACCUGAGCUUGGUCAACUUAGAGCCCCGAUCCACCUAUCGGAUUUGUUUAGUGCCACUGGAUGCGUUUAACUACCGUGCUGUAGAAGAUACCAUUUGUUCCGAGGCCACCACACAUGCCUCUUACUUUAACAAUGGCAGCAACACUGCUUCCAGCCACGAGCAGACGACUUCCCACAGCAUGGGCUCCCCUUUUCUGCUGGCAGGCUUGAUUGGGGGUGCUGUGAUAUUUGUGCUUGUGGUCUUACUCAGCGUCUUUUGCUGGCACAUGCACAAAAAGGGGCGAUACACCUCCCAGAAGUGGAAAUACAACCGUGGCCGGCGGAAAGAUGACUACUGUGAGGCGGGCACCAAGAAGGACAACUCCAUCCUGGAGAUGACAGAAACCAGUUUUCAGAUCGUCUCCUUAAAUAACGAUCAGCUCCUUAAAGGAGAUUUCAGACUGCAGCCCAUCUACACCCCAAACGGGGGCAUUAAUUACACAGACUGCCACAUCCCCAACAACAUGCGAUACUGUAACAGCAGCGUGCCCGACCUGGAACACUGCCACACGUAACAGCCAGGAGGCCAGCAUCCGCUAGGUGGACAGUAAAACUUGCGAACACACGUGUGCACAUAAAGACACACAGAUUACAUUUGAUAAAUGUUACACAGAUGCAUUUGUGCAUUUGAAUACUCUGUAAUUUAUACGGUGUACUAUAUAAUGGAAUUUAAAAAAAAGUGCUAUCUUUUCUAUUUCAAGUUAAUUACAAACAGUUUUGUAACUCUUUGCUUUUUAAAAUCUUAAAAAAUAUAUAUAUAUAUAGUUGAUGAAGUACUGUACAGGGUUGUACAAUGAAAACCCGACGACAAGGUGAAAGAAUGCGUGAUGUUUCCAUAAGAGAUGCACAUUAACCACUUUGCUGUUGACGCUGUCCGAAUAAAUUUCUUUCAUAGAGCUGGUGGUCAGGUGAAAGGGCCGAUUGAAAUGGACUCAUCGGGGUAAGAUUAAUCCCAUGGGUAAAAGAAGAGAUGACCCAGAUAUUUCUGUGCUCUGUCUAUGCGUCCUGGUUUGGAAGAAAAGUGAAAAAUUCCAUAGGGCAUGAAUGGUGGUAGUUACCCUGAUUAGACUCCACUCAGAAGAUGCGCAAAACAUCACAAGGAAGCUGAUUCCCUUGAUAUCAUUUAACCCAACCUGACAGAAUCAGAAACUGGAAAUGAGUUUUGGCAGAAUGCUGAAGCUCAGGGGUUAGCUUUCCGAGUGGGAACUGAAUAACAUCCUUUGUGCGUCCCUGACCCUAUGUGAUAACGGAAUUAAAAGCUUGAGUCUGAUUUUGGUUGUCUUCAGAAACCAGUGUGAUGUGCUAGCAAGAAAACUC